ACGGACUGAAUCUGUGCGUUACGGCAGAGGUCUGAGAUGAAUCUAAACUACACGUCUCCUGCCGCACAGAUGCCUGCCCAGAGGUCAACAUCGUUCUUCAUUGAAGAUAUUUUGCUACACAAACCCAAGCCUUUGCGAGAAGUAUUUCCUUCACCUUUUUCCAACUCUCUCGCGUCCCGGAUGCCUCUUCUAGAAUAUGGAUAUCCCCUCAUGCCAACUCCAAUCCUGGCUCCUCAUCCGCAUCACCCGUUACACAAACCCGAACAUCAUCCCUAUUUCUUCACCUCCGGAAUGCAGAUGCCCACGUUAUUUCAGCACCACCCGGAGCUGCCAGGUAAACACUGCAGACGCAGAAAAGCCCGCACGGUCUUUUCGGAUUCUCAGUUAUCCGGGCUUGAGAAGAGAUUCGAAAUCCAGCGAUACCUUUCAACACCGGAGCGUGUGGAGCUGGCGACGGCGCUCAGUUUGUCGGAAACACAGGUAAAGACUUGGUUUCAAAACCGGAGGAUGAAGCAUAAAAAACAGUUACGGAAAACCCAAGACGAGCAAAAAACACCUAAUGACUUGGACAGAUCUCUAGAGAACUCCAGUGUGAGUGAAAUGCACGAGAAAAGUACAGAAGAUGGAAAACAUGGGAUGAGCCCCGACAGAUACACUCUCGAUGAAAACGAAGAUGAUGUCGAUAUUGAGGAUGACAUCUGCUCUCCUGAACAUUUACUAUAGGCCCAAUAACAUUAACACUGUAAAUGUAUAUAUUGAUUACUGUAAUUUUAGACAGGAAAUUCUAUUUAGUUUUUUCUUUUUUUUAAUUUAUAA